GACAAACAAGCAUCUCUUCACGGUCUGACCGACACGCCGUCCACUGCAACUGGCAAAGUUGAUCGGCAGCCGUGGUGGCCGCGGUGCUUCUCUGGCUUGUUCAUCGAUAGAGCUGUGCUUGACGUGCGACGCGUGGCCUCGGUGCAGCGUGCCGCCAUCCCACUCAGCCCCUCCACCACCACCAAACGACAGUCUAAGCCCAAGCCACACCGAUCUAGAACACCGCACACCAACAAGUGAGGGAGAAAGUUUGGCGCGACCUCACUAUUUGUGCUGUUGCAGCCGCAUUGGAUCAGCAUGAUCGCAACAUCGUCGCCAACAUGGAGUCCCCGUCCGCAACGGAAACAAAGCACGACCCGCUCGCUCUGCCCUCGCCAGAGAAGCUGAGAGAGAUUGAGCGGCAGCAGAAUGAGAGAGCUGCAGAGAUCCGCGCCAGACGCAGGCGUGCGACGGUCGACGAGAGAACCAAUGCCGCCGAGAUCAUUCAGCGGAAUUUUCGGGGCCAUCAGGCCCGCAGAGCCAUGAAAGGAUAUGCCCUAGAUCCCAGCACCCGAUGGCUUGAGGCGCUCAAAGAUGCCGAAUACAGCAGGCUUACGAGACCAGUCUCGAAUGUGCAACGCUUUAAUGAAUCUCCUACAGCGGCGGAUCGGGUGAAGAAGAGGUGGGCGCAGGCGAGUGCCGCUGCGAGGCAUGCGGGGAGCGACAACACCAGUGAUGAGGACGAUGACGAUCAUGCGAGUCAAGCGGAACUGAGAGACAAGAGGCGAAAACAGAAGCAGGAGCGGGAAAAGUACGCCAAAGUCAUGGGGUUGGAAUAUUUUCUGGAAAUGGUCGAUCAGAAACAUCGUUACGGCAGUAAUCUGCGCAGAUAUCACAAGGAGUGGAUGACGCGUGACACAAAGGAAAACUUCUUCUACUGGCUGGACUAUGGCGAAGGGAAAUCUGUCGACCUUCCAGAUCGGCCACGAGAGCGGCUGGACCGAGAACAAGUCAGGUACUUGAGCCGCGAGGAACGGAAAAGGUAUCUUGUCAACAUUGAUAAGCAAGGUCGGUUCGUGUGGAACAAAGAUGGGAAGCCCAUCACCACGUCUCUGGAUUUUAAAGACAGCAUCGACGGGAUUGUGCAUUUGAGUGAUGACACACCAACCUGGCGAGAAGUAACGACAGGCGUAAAACCAGAGCCAAGGCGAUAUGAUUCCUCGGACGAUUCCUCCUCGAUAGCAUCGGACAUCAGCACCGGAUCUCACGAGGACUCUUCAAAAUAUGCGAACGAGGAGUUCCAUGAUGCCAAAGGCUUGAAUAAACUUAAUCACAUCAGCGUCGACACUCUAAUGAAUCACCUUCUACGCAAGACGACAAAGAAGAAUACGUGGAUAUUUGUCGCGGACACUUCUUUCCGAUUAUACGUGGGCAUCAAACAAUCUGGCGCCUUUCAACACUCUUCAUUUCUCAAAGGCGCUCGUGUCGCAGCAGCAGGGCUCAUCAAAAUUAAACGAGGUCAAAUCCGCAAACUCUCGCCGCUUUCUGGCCACUACGCCCCUCCUGUUCGCAACUUCCGCGAGUUCCUGAAGAAUCUCAAAGAAGAAGGCGCGGAUCUCUCUCAUCUCAAUGUUUCGCGCAGUUAUGCUGUCAUUCUUGGCCUGGAGGGCUAUUUGACAGUGAAGCAACGAGCUAAAAAUGUCAAGCAGGGAGCGAAAGAUAUGAUUGAUCCUGAGGAGAAGAAACGUCGAUUAGAGGCGGAAAAGGAUAAGAGUCAGUCUGCGCAGAGAGAACGGGAAGUGCUAGCGAUGGAGCAGAAUCAGCAGAGGAGUCGGAGUAUGUCGCAGAGGUUUAUCAAGAAGAUGGGUUUGGCGAAGUGGGGUGACAGCGAAGGCAUGGGAACACUGGCUGAGACCGAGUUGGCGAAAGGCGAGACAACUUCUCUUCCGCAGAAUGGCGAUGUGGUGGGCGGUGCCAGUUCACUUUCUGCUGCGAGUGGGCCUGCUCUGGGCAGCGGUCAACAGCCUCCUGCGACUGUGGGAAAGAGUGCUACGAUUGCGAGUGGAACUCCGGCUGCGGAUGCGAGGAAAAGAGAUCGUAUGAAGGGGAAGUUGCUGGGAAGUUAG